AGCGCUGUGCACUCAUCCACCCAACCACCUUACUCAGUGCAGGCCACUCGAGAGGUUCUUAUCUUCUACUACACUACAUUCACCUACGACCUACUCUAUCUUCCACGACUUUCAUCCACGAACGACCUCUAUCCACACACCCUCAUCAUCUAAACACACAACAUGGUCCAACUCACCACCACCACCGCCGCCGUCGCCGCCGCCGCCAUCCUCGCCGUCCCAGCCAUCGCUGGCCCAAUCCACGGCUCAUACCUUCAAUCCCGCUCCACCGAAAGCAACGAUGCACUGGAAGCACGAAUGAUCAAAGCUAUGAUCGACCUAGCCGCCCACGGCCCCGCUCGGAGCGUCAUCACCAAGCCUAUCAAAGACCAGGUGAAGGAGGCUGCCAAGGGAAACUCGGUACGACAACCCCACCAGCAGACGCUCUCCCAGAAGGUCUAUGAGCAGACACACAAUAAGGGCAGCAGCAGCGGCAGUAAGCAGGGCAAACGCGACCUCGAGCUGGAGUUGGAAGCACGCUACUUUGACGAUGACGUCUUGGAAUCGCGGAUGUUCAAAGCUGUAGUCGAUCUAGCCACCCACGGCCCCGCUCGGAGCAUGAUCACGAAGCCAGGCAAGGACCAAUUGAAGGAGGCUGCUAAGGGUCACUCGGUACAUCAACCUCACCAGCAGACACUCUCCCAGAAGGUCUAUGAGCAGACGCACAACAAAGGCGGAAGCAGCAGCGGCAGCAGCAAGCAGGGCAAACGCGAUUUGGAGGAACUCGAAGCGCGGAUGUUCAAAGCCGCAAUCGACGCUGUUACCCACGGCCCUGCUCGGAGCAUGAUCACGAAGCCAGGCAAGGACCAGUUAAAGGAGGCUGCUAAGGGCAACUCGGUGCAACAACCUCACCAGAAGACGCUCUCCCAGAAGGUUUACGAGCAGACGAACAAAGGCGGAAGCAGCAAGCAGGGCAAACGCGAUUUGGAGGAACUGGAAGCGCGGAUGUUCAAAGCCGCAAUCGACGCUGUUACCCACGGCCCUGCUCGGAGCAUGAUCACGAAGCCAGGCAAGGACCAGUUAAAGGAGGCUGCUAAGGGCAACUCGGUACAUCAACCUCACCAGCAGACGCUCUCCCAGAAGGUCUAUGAGCAGACGCACAACAAAGGCGGAAGCAGCAGCAGCAGCAAGCAGGGCAAACGCGAUUUGGAGGACAAGCAGGGCAAACGCGAUUUGGAGGAACUGGAAGCGCGGAUGUUCAAAGCCGCAAUCGACGCUGUUACCCACGGCCCUGCUCGGAGCAUGAUCACAAAGCCAGGCAAGGACCAGUUAAAGGAGGCUGCCAAGGGUAACUCGGUACAUCAACCUCACCAGCAGACGCUCUCCCAGAAGGUCUAUGAGCAGACGCACAACAAAGGCGGAAGCAGCAAGCAGGGCAAACGUGAUUUGGAUGAACUUGAGGCACGAUGGAUCUAUGAGGAUUUGGAUGAGCUUGACUGAGCGGGAUUUAUUCGUUAUUAUGAUAUGUACCUAUAUAUUGUGUUUUGGAAGGGAGGAUAAUAAAGCAAGGCUUUCAAUAAUUGUCCGACCUUGAAGUGUUUUCUGGAGAGGAUAA